CCGAGCCUUCACGGCGGCUGGAACGAUAAUAGUGUGUGGUGAGAGUAAAUAUCCACGCGCAUGAAAAUACCAGGAGUGGUGGAGAGAAGGAGAGUUGUCUUCCGUUCAGCAUCGUGUUGUGCGGAGAACACGUGUGCGUGCGCGCUUGUUGCUGGUGAUCUAGAAAACGCGCGGAACGUCCGGGUGAAUCUUGUCAUGUUCCAAAACUAAUUUAAUACGGCAAAUACACAGUUCCUUAGUUUUUUCGACAACGUUUUUCGAUCCGUUAAUUGUUUCUUCGAUUGCUGCACUUUUGAAAGUUUCUUUAUGCCCCACAAGACACCUUAUUUUAAAAUUCAACUUCAAAAUUCUUGACAAUACCAAAGAGCCUAAUAUAGCAUGCCAAAUCAAAGAUGGACCGCAACAGGCUCAUUGAUUUUGUUUUUCCUUAUUGGCAUUUUGGAAACCACUAUUGGGAAUCCCAUCAGAGGCGAAUCAAAAAGUGGUGUGGAGAUACCUAUGAGCAACUGGACGCAGCUUGCAGAUGAAUGGCUCUCUAAAAGAGCAAAAGUAGCAGAAAAAAUAGACGUUACCAUUUUGCCAUUUACAGGUUCGUUCAAAGAAAUUCCACCUACUGUAGAGACAAUUAUCAAUGGCACCAGAACUGAACAGUUAUUACGGUACAAUUAUUCUCGAAUGUUGUGGGAUAUGGAAAGUUCGCAACCGUCCGGACACCUGUCAGGAUUUGUAGAUAAAGCCUUAAAAUUACUAGACCUGAAGCAAGUGAUGAUGGAGGUGGAGACAUCGGUGAUGUCGAAAGUAUCCUGCACAGCGUGUAAAGCUGGGGCAGGUCUUAUACAACAUUACAUAAAGAUCGGCAAAAACGAUGAAGAGAUUAUGAACAGCAUUUACCAAUUCUGCGUGUCUCUUAAUAUCCAGAGCCCCAGAGUUUGUCAAGGAGUCUCGUUGCUUUUUGGAGCAGAAGUCAUUUACGUGUUAAAGCAAGUAGAUAUGGGCCCAGCGCAAAUUUGCAGUUUCGUUAUUGGCGACGCAUGCGACGACACUUACAAUCCUAUUCACGAAUGGGAGGUAGCGUUUCCGCCCGAGAAGAAGCCACCCGUGAAGCCGCCAGUGCCGCCUCAAGAAGGUGUGCCAACCUUCAAAGUCCUACAUAUCUCUGAUACGCACUACGAUCCUUACUACCAAGAGGGCACGAAUGCGGAUUGUAACGAACCGUUAUGCUGCAGAUUUACCAACGGGCCACCCCGGUCUUCAGCCACAGCUGCUGGCCGAUGGGGUGAUUACAGAAAAUGCGACACGCCAAAGAGAACCGUUGAACAUAUGCUCAAGCACAUCGCUGACACGCAUUCCGAUAUAGAUUACAUAUUGUGGACUGGCGAUAUUCCACCUCACGAUGUGUGGAACCAAACACGGGAAGAAAAUCUGAAUGUUUUGCACGAAACGGUGACACAACUGAUUGAAAUGUUUCCCGGAAUACCGAUCUUUCCAGCUCUGGGAAACCAUGAAAGUGCUCCUGUUAAUAGCUUUCCACCACCAUUUGUUCCAAAAGAAAAUGACAUAUCCUGGUUGUACGAUGCACUUGACAAGCAUUGGAGGCGUUGGCUGCCAGCAGGUGUUUCGCAUACUGUUCGCCGGGGUGCGUUUUAUUCGGUUCUAGUGCGUCCAGGUUUUAGAAUUCUUUCUGUAAACAUGAAUUACUGCAACAACAAAAACUGGUGGUUGCUAAUAAACAGCACGGAUCCAGUGAGUGAACUACAAUGGCUCGUUUAUGAGCUGCAAGGAGCUGAAAUGAAUAAUGAAAAAGUUCAUAUUAUCGGCCAUAUUCCACCCGGACAUUCAGAUUGCUUGAAGGUGUGGUCCAGGAACUAUUACCAGAUUAUUAACAGGUACGAAUCUACGAUCACGGCACAAUUUUUUGGGCAUACACACUACGAUGAGUUUCAAUUGUUCUACGAUGUUGCUGACCUUGGAAGAGCUGUCAGCAUAGCUUACGUCGGACCAUCGGUUACUCCUUACACCGAUCUUAAUCCAGGGUACAGAAUAUACUACGUCGAUGGUGACCAUCCGAAGACAACUAGGAUGGUAGUGGAUCAUGAGACCUGGGUAAUGAACCUAAAAGAAGCGAAUCUUUACGAUUAUCCUAUAUGGCAUAAAUUGUACAGUGCUCGACAAGCCUACCAAAUGUCAUCACUUUUACCUAAGGACUGGGAUUCCUUGAUAGAUAAGAUGAGCAAUGAACCUUCCCUUUUCGAUCUGUAUUACAAAAAUUAUUAUAAGAAUUCUCCUGUGAGACCACCGUGUAACGACGAGUGUCGAAAGAGGUUACUUUGUGAUUUACGAAGUGGAAGAAGCCAUGAUCGCAAAGCGUUAUGCCAGAGCCUUGAGUCUCGAAUAGACAAUGAAACAAGGAUAGGUUGGCGAGCUUGGAUUUACAACGGACUUGCUUUUUCGUAUGUACAUAAUUUAUGGCUUAAAUCUUAUUCUGGUGAUGUCGAUACCAACAGAGUUGACUAAGUAUAAUAUAAUUCUAUAUACAUACUUCUACUUUCCUAUGUUUAUUAAGAUAUGCUUAUAUAAAUGUGCUGUAU